UUAUGAAAUGCACUUCUAAAAUUACCACAUAGAGCCUAAGUCCUAUAUUAACGCCAAGUGUAUACUGAGACUCAAGCACGAUGGUCAACUCAGUGGGGAAGUAUACGUACGUCUCUCCCCUCGAGGGGUUCGAGAAUGCCCCGCCGCUGCCUGACGAGAAGAAUGAAGACGGUAAAAGUUACAAGAAUCCAAUGAGCGAUACUCUCAGCAAGGCCUAUCUCGAGUUCCCCGACCCGCUGGAUAAGGGGCGUCGCGGUGGUUUUGAUAUACAUAUCUACUAUUUUCAAAACAAUGAAAGCCAGACGCAGCAUGCAAAGGACCUCUGGGAGCGGAUCCGACGAGAGUUUCCUGAGCUAAGGAUAUACCGCCUCUGGGAUAAGCCGAUAGGCCCUCAUCCAGUGGCCAUGUUCGAGGUGAAUCUCUUCUCACCAGCGCAGUUCGGCGCCUUCAUCCCUUGGCUUGCCAUCUAUAGGGGUCCAUUGUCAGUGUUGAUCCAUCCCAACACGGUUGAGGACGAAGAAGGGGUUGAGCGCCGAAACCAUUCACAGAGGGCUAUUUGGAUGGGAGAAAGGCUACCUCUAGAUUUAGAUAGAUUCUGAACUGGGUGUUGAGAAGAUACUGGAGUAUUGAAUGAGUAGAUCUAUGAAUUGAAUUAGUCUAUCCUGUGUCUUAACACUGGGAGUAUUUCAUAUCGGAUAUGGCAUUAAAGGGCUUUCCUCUAAUUUAGAGCCAAUAUAACGAAUCCCGCUCGUAAUUCCCGGUUACCAUA